GCCGACGCUGCAGCACCUGCCGAGUACACCGCCAACCCCAGCAUCGGCGGCGGCGGCUCGGAUUUCGUCGAGUCAGCCCACUUCCGCGUCCUCGGUGCAUCCACCUCGACCAAAGCAAACAAAUCGCUCCAGCACCUCGAAGCAGCACACGCCUGCUUCGUCGAAACCCUCGGAUGGCGCACGUCUGGCCUGUCCUUCAACACGGGCGGCAUCGGCAAGGAAGUCGGCCCUUGGUACAAGCUGAACGUCUACUCCAAACAGAGCUCUGACAUGCCCGGCGCUGCAGGCGUCCAGGGCACCGACAUGGCUGCUGGUCUUGCGUAUCUUGACAUUGUCGAUGAGUAUCUCGAUGUGCCUGCCGUCGUCGUGCAUGAGUACGGGCACUCGAUGCAUCUGAGCGAGAAGAACUGGAUUAGUCAAGUCAACACCGGCGCUUGGUGGGAGCCAAUCGCAAACUUCAUCGCAGACACGUACGUCUCCACGCCUGUCUGCAACGCAGCGCGUGCCGCCCACGGCCUGGACGGCACCGAGGGCGACAGCAUGAUCGCGCUGCAGAAAGUAAUUGGCGACUCGCACCAAGUGCUCGUCGACGGCACCCCGGGCGGGUCCGCCAACUACUACGAGUCCUGGCCGUUCCUCGCAUACCUGACCAACAACCCCGACGGCUACGAGGGGCUGGGCAACGACACGCUGCUGCGCAUGAUCAGGGAGUACAAACUCGAGUCCAACGAGACGCCGCUGCACACUCUGCAGCGCCUGCUCACCGAGGCCCCGGGCAACGUCACCGUCCAGAGGGCCGUCGGCCGCUACUGGGCGCACAUGGCCUUUGUCGACAUCGGACACGCAAAGGCCCACGAGGCGUUUGUCGCGCAGCGCGCCGGCCUAAAGUAUGAAUCCCUCGACGGCGCCGACGGCGCGUACACAGUCAAGGCUGCCAAAGCGCCGAGGUACAUGGGCGCCAACAUCAUCCCGCUCACGCCCACCGGCAACACGGUCAGUGUGGCGAUAACCUCUGCAGACGCAGGCUACACGGCGACGCUGGUCGUGUCCAACGCCUCGGGCGUCACGUACACGGAUGUCGUUGCUGGCAAGGGGAGCGUCGCUGUCGCUGCUGCUGAUGAGGUGGCGCUUGUUGUGGCCAGGACGCCCGAGGUGGUCAUGUACGAUGCGUUUAAGAUUAGCGCUGAGCUGAAUGCGGGACUGCAGUAUAGUGUGCAGGUGACGGGC